AUGGCACCAUACGACAGUGACUCUUCUGCAGGGGAGGAAGAAUACUACACGGAGACAAAUGUCCUACUAGGAUAUGCCUCCAAAGAUGCGGAUGACGACACAAUAAGCCGUUUAGGUGGUCGACCCGACUGGCUCGACGCCGAAACACCACCCUCGGCUUCCCUGGCAAGAUGUAAGAUCUGCAAGGAUAUGAUGGUCCUACUAUUGCAGUUGAACGGCGAACUACCUGACCGAUUUCCCGGCCACGAACGGCGGUUGUUCGUGUUUGCCUGCAAGAAGAAGGGCUGUCGGCGCAGAGAAGGCAGCAUUCGCGCCCUACGUAGUCUACGGGUAGCCCCCGGCAGCAAGACUGCUCCCUUGAAGGGCGAGAAGAAGCAAGUUGAGAAGCCGAAGCCGAAAGAAGAGCCGAAACCUACUCCCAAUCUAGGAGAGACCCUCUUUGGUGCGAAGCCACUUGGAGGCUCGUCAGGCUCUGCGAAUCCCUUUUCGACAUCCGGUGCGUCGUCCAGCAGCAAUCCAUUCGCCAGCGCGGGCAAUCCAUUCAGCAGCAAGCCUGCGCAACCGACAAAGACAAAGCCCGAGUCUGAUACCACCACCGAGGAAGCUGCUCCCAAGUCCACAUCUACCGAAGACGACAUCUCAAACCUCCCCAAGACCUUCGCAGAGACUCUCUCCCUCAACAACAACCAAGCAACCGUGUCUGUGCCGCCCUCAGAGCCCUGGCCCGCGGAGGCAGAACAGCCGGCCCCGUACCCCAUCGCAUACCUCUCCGACGCCGACUACGAAACCCUAGAUCCGACACCACCGCCUAUAGCACAAGCCACGACGCAGAUGGACACUGAUGAUCCGUCGUCAAUCUCUGCCGGUGGUGGUAAAGAGGACCGCGAGGUCUUCGAGUCGACCAUGGAUGGGGCAUUUCAAAAAUUUGCGGACCGCCUCGCACAGAACCCGGAGCAAGCGAUCCGGUACGAAUUCGGGGGCCAGCCUCUGCUGUCGUCAAAGACGGAUGCUGUGGGCCAAUUGCUGGGCGGUGGUGCUGGUGUAGCUGCGGCUCUGGGAGUCGGUGUGAACGUUGCUAAAGCGCCGGGCGCGAAGGGGAUGCCGCGGUGUGCCAACUGUGGUGCCGGUCGUACGUUCGAGGUCCAGCUGUGUCCACAUGCUAUCACCGAAUUAGAGUCGGAGGAGAUGUCGCUUGAGGGGAUGGACUGGGGCACGGUGAUUGUAGGUGUGUGCGAGAGAGACUGCCAGGCCAGGGGCGUGGGAGAGGGCCAGGUUGGUUACCUGGAGGAGUGGGCUGGCGUGCAGUGGGAGGACCUUACUGGCAACGGUACUCGUCGAUGA